AUGAAACUGUAUGUCCACAACGACUUGCCCAUGAAUGUUCCUAGUGGCCUUAUUUGUAGUGGCCCCAACCUGGAAGCUACCGAGAGUCCAUCCGCAGAACAGUCUCCUCCCCACCUCCUCCCCUCCUCUUUCCUACCAAGACCACACAGUGGUCAGAGAGGGGCCUGGGGCAGAACCCAGGGCCCUCAGUCCUCACCUUGUGGCCUCCCACAGGAAGGGGCCCUCGACCUUCUGAAGAAGCUGAACAGCUGUCAGAUGUCCAUCCAGCUACUCCAGACAACCAGGAUUGGAGUCGCCGUUAACGGGGUCCGGAAGUACUGCUCAGACAAGGAGGUGGUGUCCUUGGCCAAAGUCCUCAUCAAAAAAUGGAAGCGGCUGCUGGACUCCCCUGGGUCCCCCAAAGCUGGAAAAAGAGAUGAGAGAGAAAAAGCCAAGAAGAAAGAAAAAGAACUUGACUGUUCCAGUUGGAAGCCAGACGCAGGCCUUUCUCCGCCAAGGACAAAACAAGGGGAAGAGCCCAAAGACAGGAGAGACUCUGUGGAUUCCAAGUCUUCUUCGGCCACCUCCUCUCCAAGAAGACCAUCGAUGGAAAGAUCAAACAGCAGCAAAUCGAAAGCGGAGACCUCCCCCAGAACACCCAGCAGCCCCUCGAGCCCCACCUUUGCCCCCUCCGUCUGCCUCCUGGCACCCUGCUAUCUCACAGGGGACUCUGUCCGGGACAAGUGUGUAGAGAUGCUCUCUGCAGCCCUGAAGGCGGAUGAUGAUUACAAGGACUAUGGAGUCAACUGUGACAAGAUGGCAUCAGAAAUUGAAGAUCAUAUCUACCAGGAGCUCAAGGGCACAGAUAUGAAGUACCGGAAUCGCGUGCGCAGCCGGAUCAGCAACCUCAAGGACCCCAGGAACCCUGGCCUGCGGCGGAACGUGCUCAGUGGGGCCAUCUCCACCAGCCUCAUAGCCAGGAUGACAGCAGAGGAAAUGGCCAGUGACGAGCUUCGGGAAUUGAGGAACGCCAUGACCCAGGAGGCUAUCCGUGAGCACCAGAUGGCCAAAACGGGUGGCACCACCACUGGCCUCUUCCAGUGCAAGAAAUGCAAGAAGAAGAAUUGUACCUAUAACCAGGUGCAGACACGCAGUGCUGAUGAGCCCAUGACUACCUUCGUCUUAUGCAAUGAGUGUGGCAAUCGCUGGAAGUUCUGCUGAUAUAACUGCCAGCCAGGAUUUCAGUGAACAAGUUGAGGAAGAACAAAGAGAAAGCACUAAGCCACCGUAACUGGAGAAAAAAAUAAAAAUUCAACUGAAGAAAAGUGCUGAACUCUGACUGGGGUAUAGGGGUCAGAGGGAGAAUCCUUUUGCAAAUUAAUCACCAGUUGGUAAUAACGACUGGCUAACUGAGGGAGCCUAAGUGGGCUACGGUGCUAAGAGUCUGUGUUGACAAACCUUGUAGAAACUCAGAGACUCGGGUGUUAAAUCUUUGACAGUAGGUGGCAGACCUUUGCUUUGAGUCCCUUCCCCCACAUCCGAACCUCUCAGCCUUUUCUGGACUGGAAAAUAACAGACUGUUGCAAAUCUUACCCCACCCCACCCCACCCAGAGUCACACACGCAGGAUACUUGGCGCACAAUUUGGCUCAGGCAUAUAUGACUUCCACACCACGUAGAAAGAUUUCUUCCCUACUCCGCAUCUUUUCCCAAACUCUCUUCCCUGUUCAUAGCUGCCUUUGGGGGCCUUUGAGCCAGGGAACAGAUUAUCUUGAACUGAGUCUUUUUGCCUGAAGGGUAUGGUGGUGGCCCCGCAGUUCCAUGGUCCCCGGAAGGUGCUGAGUCUCGGAAGCUGCCAGGGCCCUGGCCAUGAGGUCCUCACAGCUCCAUCUGUGGCCCAAACUUCAUAGGAUGUCUGCAGGGAGAGUCCUUGUCAUGCUUCUCCCAUGAUGACAUCGGCUUGCUUUUUAAGCUGAUAGGAACUUUAGGCAAAGCUGGAAUCUUCUGGAAAAGCCUUGGGAGCAGGUCUGGUGGGCCUGUCCUGAGUCUCAGUCCCUGAUUGUCCCUGGCCUCUGGCAGCCCCAGCCUGAGCCUCCUGGGCUCUUUGUUUCCUAAAAUGGCUAGCAUGCAAGAGCCUGUGAACUCUUGGGAGCCAGAGCACGUCACUUACCCUCUCUGAGCUGUUUCCUUACCUGUAAAAGGAGUGGCACUAGCGCCUGUCUCAUAGGGUGACUGUGCAGAGGCCGCUGGGUCUCCAUCUGCCUCGAUGCACCCUUAGGGCAGCUAUUCAGAGUAACAUCAGCCCAGGUUCUUCAUAUGCCCCGGGCAUCAUCCACUCGGACUUGGUUGUCACCUCCCUCCUACCCGCCAAGUGCCUCCUCCUAGAUGAAGCCUGUGAGUAAACUGGGUACAGAAAUCUGCCACCAUCUUCCAUUUUUCAAGUCAGAUUCGGGGCGGGUCCUUUGGAAGGCUUGAGAAUCCUCUCACAGAAGGUACAGCACACAGCCUGUAAGUGGCAGAACCAGGACGGAAACCCAGGUCUCCCUCCUGUCAUUGUGCCUGAUGCAAUGAGAGAUCCAGGGCCAUACACAGUGCUUGGCGUGUACCUUCCAGGAAUUCCCAGCCUGGAAAAAAUCACAGGCACAGGCUUCCAUACCAGGCAGGAUGUGAUACAUGCCCGAGGUACGAAUAUUACCCACAGAAGUGUGGAGGGAUGUUGCUCAGACACCCAGGAGCCCCUUAAGCUUUAAUCUGAGUGGGAAUCCCCUGGGGAUCCUGUCUGGGGUGGGACCUGAGAUUUUUCAUUUCCAACAGCCUCCCAGGUGAUGCCCAUGCUGCUGGUCCUCACUGAGCAAUAAGGGUUGAGAUACCCAGAUUUGUUUCUGCAUCAUCUAAUCCUCCAUCUAAUGUCUAGAAAAUAAAAGUAGAACAGAAUAGCAAGUACUCUUAAUUUAAGGAUGUCAAUAAAUGUUACUUUCAGGCUUUUUAAAGGUGGUACCCUGAAGCGAUUUUCAAUAGUCACUGUCUAAAUAUUCACUGUGCUCCUGGUGUCAUAGGGAUUUACAACCUAGGGGAAAAUACAGAACUGAAUCUCCACCCUCAAUAACCUUGCUGUUUACAGAGGAGAUGAGUCAGAUUAAACAGCAAAAGAACAGGUCGGCUCCAGUCUGCACAUCUCCACAGGACACAUCUACGUUCACUAAGGACACAGAAAAGCCUGAACAGGCCCCAGACUGUGUUCACCAGCAGGCGUCUACACCCUCCCAACUGGUCUUCUUGUAUCCCCCCGGACCCACUUGGGUUCGUGCUCUCCAGGGCGCAGGCCAGAAUAGACAUUUCAGAAUUGCAAAGCUGGUCAUGUACAGCCCGUCACUCUACCACCCCCAUUUAAAACCUUCCAUUUCCCCCCACUGCUCUUGGCCCACACUCUGUGCUCCAG